AUGAGUUGUGAAGAAAAACCACGUUCUUCGUCCUUAACUGAAUCAUUACCAUCUGAUGAUCGUGAUUUAUCAAGUUCCAUAGUUCUUCGACAUGUUAAAAAUUUUAAACGACUUAAACCAUUAAAUUUUUCUUUAUUACGUUGGAAUCUUCUUUGGUUAUUUGUUAUAUUAGCCUUUUUUACAUUACCUAUUUGGCUUCGUUUUGCAUCUCAAUCAUGUCAAGCUACAUAUUAUACUAUGUUAUCAAUAUUAAUUUGGUUAGAUCUCGUUUGGUUUCUAGCAUUAAUAUUUUCUAUAUAUGCAUUAAUUAAAUUAAAAUAUGGAAUGUUAACUGAUCAUAAACAAACUUAUCCAGCUGAUGUACCAUUAGUUCAUUUACUUAUAUUAACAAUAUAUAAUGAUGAAAUGGGUGUUAUUUGUCGUACAGUUGAUUCACUUGCUGAACAAACUGAAUCUAAACGUAUUGUAUUAGUUAUAGCAUGGGAAUCUCGAACACCAGAUCGAGAAGAACGUACUGAAACUAUACGUCAACGUUAUUCUGAUAAAUUUUUUUCUAUAAUUUUUCCUGUUCAUCCAUUUGGUCUUGAAAAUGAAAUAGCAUCAAAAGCAGCUAAUGCUAAUUGGGGUGUAAGAGCAGCUAUAGGUUAUAUAAUGGAAGAUGAAGAAAGAAAAAAAAAUAUUCAACAUGUUAUGGUAACAACAUGUGAUGCUGAUACAUUAUUUCAUCCGAAAUACUUUGAAGCUUUAUCAGCUGAUUAUUUAAGGUGUGUUAAAACAAAUGAUCCUAGUGUACAUCGUACAAUAUGGCAAGCACCACUUUUUUAUAAUUGGAAUUUAGAUCAAAAUUCAUUUCCAGUUCGUAUAACAGGUCUUGUUCGUUCUUUAAUGACAAUGGGUUUACUUAUUCCAUAUAAUGUUAAUCCAAUGUCAUGUUUUUCAUUUUCAUUAACACUUGCUGUACGUGGAGGUUAUUGGCAUCCACAAAUAUUUAUGGAUGAUGUUGGUUAUUUAUUAACAGUAAUGAUUGGUACACAAAGACGUAUACGUAUACGUCUUUUACCUGUUCCUGUUCGAUCUGGACCAACAUCUGGUCAUUCAUGGUUGAAUGAUGUUAAAGAAUGGUAUAUUCAAGUACGCAGAUGGGGCAUUGGUACAGCGGAUAAUUUUCAUUAUUUUGUUGUUAAAAUUCCAAAUUUACCAAUAUUAGCUUCAUGUAUUUUUGCUAUUGGUUAUUUUCUUUAUUAUGGUGUUAUACUUUGUAGUGCAAGUCUUUUUAAUGUAUCAUCGGGAUUUUUUCCAUUACUUUGUCCAAAUUUCGAAUUAUUUUGGUUACCAAAACCAUUUCAACCUUAUCAUUUACAUCUAUUAAUUGCUGUUAUUAUACCUCAAUUACUUUAUGGUGCUUUAUUUAUUUUAGAUGCUAUUUGGUGUCGAUGGACAUUGAAUGUAAAAGAAGAUAUUUUUAUUCUUCGAAAUAUUCUUCAUUGGAUUUUAACACCAUUUACAUUAAUUGCAUUAAGUUUAGUUCAAUUAUGGUCUUAUAUUGUUUUAGCUAUACAAGGAAAAAAAGCUUGUAUUCAUAAACUAGCUGCUAAAGCUACAUUAGCUCAAAUAGAGAGUAUUGCAUGA